AUGCCUGAGAUGCAGCCCCCCGUCGACAACCUCGAUCCUCCCAAACACGACCCUUUCACUGUAGAUGAACUCGCUCAGUACGAUGGGAACGACAAGUCGAAACCGAUCUACCUGGCUAUUAAGGGCACGGUGUUUGAUGUUUCCCGCAGGCCCGAGAUGUACGGUCCUGGUGGAAAGUACCACCCAUUGGCAGGCAGAGAUGCAUCCAGAGCCCUAGGAAAGGGAAGUCUGGAGAAAGAAGACCUGAGUGACAACCUGGAAGGACUGGAUGAGAAGCAGAGAGAGAAAGUGGAUUGGUGGUUUGACUUUUUCGAGAAACGGUACAACAUCGUUGGGAGCGUUGUAGGCCGCGAAUAA